CACAACAUUACGGCGACAGAGUAAAUAUAUGACGCCAAAUAUCCUCGACACAGCCAACAGAUAGCUGCUCUAGACUUGGUGUUGCAUUUGAUAGCUGUGUUUUCAAUCUACGCAGUUUGUACACAAUGAACAGAAAAAGAUCAUUAAUAUCUGAUACUUUCAAAGUUAAAAAACGAAGACUUGGGACAGAAAGCUGUUUUGGAGUUCAAGUAAAUGGAAAAAAUUCAAUUUUACAAGAUGUGCCUCUCGACACCAAGGGAGCCCUUCAGUAUCUCGCUUCGCUGUUUCCUCGCAAGCUGUUCAACGACACCCUUCCUCCCAUCGUUUUAAAACACCAGCUCUACAGCAUUAAACAAGACAGAACACUGGUUGAUCGGCAAUUAAACGAAUUGAAAGACCAGGGAGAAAUCCUCAUGUUCCAGCUGGGGUUCGACACAGAUGCCUUUGCAGUGGUCUUUGCGCAGGACUACAAAGUUAAAGCCCUGGCUGCUGCAGCAGGAAGAGAGACCUUGGGAACGGUGCAGAAAUUCUUAGAGACAGUAUUGCCCUCCUGCAUGGACUUGAGUUUCAACAAAGAAAAAAUGCUCAAGAAGUUUUUGUUCAGGGACCAAGAAAUUACGCAGCUGGUUAAGUCUGGAGUGCUCACAGUCAGGGAUGCAGGGAGCUGGUGGCUGGCUAUACCCAAUUCUGGUCGAUUUACGAAGUUUUUUAUUCAAGGUCGUAAAGCUGUGCUUGGCAUGAUUAAGAAGUCCAAAUACAAGGAAGUCUUGCAGACAGACCUGGAAUGCAGAAAGAUGACUUCUCAUGUGAAACUUGGCAUUCAGUAUCAUAUCCAUGACAUCAUUGGUGCAGAGUUAGUAGAAUGCGUUCCAACAACCUCAGGGAUCUUAUUGCGCCUGACAGAUACCUGACCCCAGGUACCUUCAUAAAAUGUAUCAUCUACUUCAUAUCUUGGACCAUGAAGAGAUAUUUACUUGGUUAAUCACAACUGUACAUUUAUUAGUAUAUUUCUUUUCCAAUGUCAAAUUAUAAAUGUGUUUGAUGCCAAACAUUUACAAUAAAGACUAAAGUUUAUUGUGA